GCUUUUUUUAAAAAUGAUGGCACCAGGAGCACUACUCGCUUCACAAUAUUGUGUCUGUGGCUGGUGCUCAGUGGAACUGGAGCCAAUAUUACACCAACAUUUGCAACAGCAACUACACAGCAAAUAACAGCAGAAUCAACCACAUCUUCUUCUACUUCAGCUUCAGCCAUUACAACUGAGAAAGUAGCAACCACAGGUGCAACUGUAACAACAACCACAGCACCACAAACAGCAGAAACAGAUACUACUGCAGAUACUACAGCUCCGACUACAAAUGGGGAAAUAACAACAGAGGUCACAACAAAAUCUUCAACUGUACCAUCAACUUCAACUCCAACAUUGGGCCCAACCAGUACCACUGUACACACAACUGUGCCAUCAACUACAACAACAGAACUUACUAUGAACAGUGUAUCAACAUCACAAGCUUCAACAACCACAGCACCACCAACAGUUGCUUUGUCAGCUACUACAGCUCCAACGACUACAAAUGGGGCAAUAACAACCGAGGUCACAACAAAAUCUUCAACUGUACCAUCAACUUCAACUCCAACAUUGGGCCCAACCAGUACCACUGUACACACAACUGUGCCAUCAACUACAACAACAGAACUUACUAUGAACAGUGUAUCAACAUCACAAGCUUCAACAACCACAGCACCACCAACAGUUGCUUCAUCAGCUACUACAGCCCUAACAACUACAAAUGGGGCAAUAACAACAGAGGUCACAACAAAAAUUUCAACUGUACCAUCAACUUCAACUCCAACAUUGGGCCCAACCAGUACCACUGUACACACAACUGUGCCAUCAACUACAACAACAGAACUUACUAUUAACAGUGUAUCAACAUCACAAGCUUCAACAACCACAGCACCACCAACAGUUGCUUUGUCAGCUACUACAGCCCUAACAACUACAAAUGGGACAAUAACAACAGAGGUCACAACAAAAUCUUCAACUGUACCAUCAACUUCAACUCCAACAAUGGACCCAACCAGUACCACUGUACACACAACUGUGCCAUCAACUACAACAACAGAACUUACUAUUAACAGUGUAUCAACAUCACAAGCUUCAACAACCACAGCACCACCAACAAUUGCUUUGUCAGCUACUACAGUUCCAACGACUACAAUUGGGGAAAUAACAACAGAGGUCACAACAAAAACUUCAACUGUACCACCAACUUCAUCUCCAACAUUGGGCCCAACCAGUAACACUGUACACACAACUGUGCCAUCAACUACAACAACAGAACUUACUAUGAACAGUGUAUCAACAUCACAAGCUUCAACAACCACAGCACCACCAACUGUUGCUUUGUCAGCUACUACAGCUCCAACGACUACAAAUGGGGCAAUAACAACCGAGGUCACAACAAAAUCUUCAACUGUACCAUCAACUUCAACUCCAACAAUGGACCCAACCAGUAACACUGUACACACAACUGUGCCAUCAACUACAACAACAGAACUUACUAUUAACAGUGUAUCAACAUCACAAGCUUCAACAACCACAGCACCACCAACAGUUGCUUCGUCAGCUACUACAGCCCUAACAACUACAAAUGGGGCAAUAACAACAGAGGUCACAACAAAAAUUUCAACUGUACCAUCAACUUCAACUCCAACAUUGGGCCCAACCAGUACCACUGUACACACAACUGUGCCAUCAACUACAACAACAGAACUUACUAUUAACAGUGUAUCAACAUCACAAGCUUCAACAACCACAGCACCACCAACAGUUGCUUUGUCAGCUACUACAGCUCCAACGACUACAAAUGGGGCAAUAACAACAGAGGUCACAACAAAAUCUUCAACUGUACCAUCAACUUCAACUCCAACAAUGGACCCAACCAGUAACACUGUACACACAACUGUGCCAUCAACUACAACAACAGAACUUACUAUUAACAGUGUAUCAACAUCACAAGCUUCAACAACCACAGCACCACCAACAAUUGCUUUGUCAGCUACUACAGUUCCAACGACUACAAUUGGGGAAAUAACAACAGAGGUCACAACAAAAUCUUCAACUGUACCAUCAACUUCAACUCCACCACUGGGCCCAACCAGUACCACUGUAUACACAACUGUGCCAUCAACUACAACAACAGAACUUACUAUUAACAGUUUAUCAACAUCACAAGCUUCAACAACCACAGCACGACCAACAAUUGCUUUGUCAGCUACUACAGUUCCAACGACUACAAAUGGGGAAAUAACAACAGAGGGCACAACAAAAUCUUCAACUGUACCAUCAACUUCAACUCCAACAUUGGGCCCAACCAGUACCACUGUACACACAACUGUGCCAUCAACUACAACAACAGAACUUACUAUUAACAGUGUAUCAACAUCACAAGCUUCAACAACCACAGCACCACCAACAGUUGCUUCGUCAGCUACUACAGCCCUAACAACUACAAAUGGGGAAAUAACAACAGAGGUCACAACAAAAUCUUCAACUGUACCAUCAACUUCAACUCCAACAUUGGGCCCAACCAGUACCACUGUACACACAACUGUGCCAUCAACUACAACAACAGAACUUACUAUUAACAGUGUAUCAACAUCACAAGCUUCAACAACCACAGCACCACCAACAAUUGCUUUGUCAGCUACUACAAUUCCAAUGACUACAAAUGGGGAAAUAACAACAGAGGUCACAACAAAAUCUUCAACUGUACCAUCAACUUCAACUCCAUCAUUGGGCCCAACCAGUACCACUGUAUACACAACUGUGCCAUCAACUACAACAACAGAACUUACUAUUAACAGUUUAUCAACAUCACAAGCUUCAACAACCACAGCACCACCAACAAUUGCUUUGUCAGCUACUACAGUUCCAAUGACUACAAAUGGGGAAAUAACAACAGAGGGCACAACAAAAUCUUCAACUGUACCAUCAACUUCAACUCCAACAAUGGGCCCAACCAGUACCACUGUAUACACAACUGUGCCAUCAACUACAACAACAGUUGUUACUAUAAACAGUGUAUCAACAUCACAAGCUUCAACAACCACAGCACCACCAACAGUUGCUUUGUCAGCUACUACAGUUCCAACGACAACAAAUGGGGAAAUAACAACAGAGGUCACAACAAAAUCUUUAACUGUACCACCAACUUCAACUCCAACAAUGGGCCCAACCAGUACCACUGUAUACACAACUGUGCCAUCAACUACAACAACAGAUGUUACUAUAAACAGUGUAUCAACAUCACAAGCUUCAACAACCACAGCACCACCAACAGUUGCUUCGUCAGCUACUACAGCCCUAACGACUACAAAUGGGGAAAUAACAACAGAGGGCACAACAAAAACUUCAACUGUACCAUCAACUUCAACUCAAACAUUGGGCCCAACCAGUACCACUGUACACACAACUGUGCCAUCAACUACAACAACAGAACUUACUAUUAACAGUGUAUCAACAUCACAAGCUUCAACAACCACAGCACCACCAACAGUUGCUUUGUCAGCUACUACAGUUCCAACGACAACAAAUGGGGAAAUAACAACAGAGGUCACAACAAAAUCUUUAACUGUACCACCAACUUCAUCUCCAACAUUGGGCCCAACCAGUACCACUGUAUACACAACUGUGCCAUCAACUACAACAACAGAUGUUACUAUAAACAGUGUAUCAACAUCACAAGCUUCAACAACCACAGCACCACCAACAGUUGCUUCGUCAGCUACUACAGCCCUAACGACUACAAAUGGGGAAAUAACAACAGAGGGCACAACAAAAACUUCAACUGUACCAUCAACUUCAACUCAAACAUUGGGCCCAACCAGUACCACUGUACACACAACUGUGCCAUCAACUACAACAACAGAACUUACUAUUAACAGUGUAUCAACAUCACAAGCUUCAACAACCACAGCACCACCAACAGUUGCUUUGUCAGCUACUACAGUUCCAACGACAACAAAUGGGGAAAUAACAACAGAGGUCACAACAAAAUCUUUAACUGUACCACCAACUUCAUCUCCAACAUUGGGCCCAACCAGUACCACUGUAUACACAACUGUGCCAUCAACUACAACAACAGAACUUAAUAUUAACAGUGUAUCAACAUCACAAGCUUCAACAACCACAGCACCACCAACAGUUGCUUUGUCAGUUACUACAGCUCCAACGACUACAAUUGGGGCAAUAACAACAGAGAUCACAACAAAAAUUUCAACUGUACAAUCAACCUCGACUCCAACAUUGGGCCCAACCAGUACCACUGUACACACAACUGUGCCAUCAACUACAACAACAGAACUUACUAUUAACAGUGUAUCAACAUCACAAGCUUCAACAACCACAGCACCACCAACAGUUGCUUCGUCAGCUACUACAGCCCUAACAACUACAAAUGGGGCAAUAACAACAGAAGGCACAACAAAAACUUCAACUGUACCAUCAACUUCAACUCCAACAAUGGGCCCAACCAGUACCACUGUAUACACAACUGUGCCAUCAACUACAACAACAGAACUUACUAUUAACAGUGUAUCAACAUCACAAUCUUCAACAACCACAGCACCACCAACAGUUGCUUCGUCAGCUACUACAGCCCUAACAACUACAAAUGGGGCAAUAACAACAGAGGUCACAACAAAAACUUCAACUGUACAAUCAACUUCAACUCCAACAAUGGGCCCAACCAGUACCACUGAAUACACAAAUGUGCCAUCAACUACAACAACAGAUGUUACUAUAAACAGUGUAUCAGCAUCACAAGCUUCAACAACCACAGCACCACCAACAGUUGCUUCGUCAGCUACUACAGCCCUAACGACUACAAAUGGGGCAAUAACAACAGAGGACACAACAAAAACUUCAACUGUACCAUCAACUUCAACUCCAACAUUGGGCCCAACUAGUACCACUGUACACACAUCUGUGCCAUCAACUACAACAACAGAACAUACUAUUAACAGUGUAUCAACAUCACAAACUUCAACAACCACAGCACCACCAACAGUUGCUUUGUCAGCUACUACAGCUCCAACGGCAAUAACAACAGAGGGCACAACAAAAACUUCAACUGUAUCAUCAACUUCAACUCCAAGAAUGGGCCCAACCAGUACCACUGUAUACACAACUGUGCCAUCAACUGCAACAACAGAUGUUACUAUAAACAGUGUAUCAACAUCACAAGCUUCAACAACCACAGCUACACUAACAGUUGCUUUGGUAGCUACUACAGUUCUAACGACUACAAAUGGGGCAAUAACAACAGAGGUCACAACAAAAACUUCAACUGUACCAUCAACUUCAACUCCAACAUUGCGCCCAACCAGUACCACUGUAUACACAACUGUGCCAUCAACUACAACAACAGAACUUACUAUUAACAGUGUAUCAACAUCACAAGCUUCAACAGCCACAGCACCACCAACAGUUGCUUUGUCAGCUACUACAGCCCAAACGACUACAAAUGGGGCAAUAACAACAGUGGGCACAACAAAAACUUCAACUGUACCAUCAACUUCAACUCCAACAAUGGGCCCAACCAGUACCACUGUACACACAACUGUGCCAUCAACUACAACAACAGAACUUACUAUUAACAGUGUAUCAACAUCACAAACUUCAACAACCACAGCACCACCAACAGUUGCUUUGUCAGCUACUACAGCCCAAACGACUACAAAUGGGGCAAUAACAACAGUGGGCACAACAAAAACUUCAACUGUACCAUCAACUUCAACUCCAACAAUGGGCCCAACCAGUACCACUGUACACACAACUGUGCCAUCAACUACAACAACAGAACAUACUAUUAACAGUGUAUCAACAUCACAAACUUCAACAACCACAGCACCACCAACAGUUGCUUUGUCAGCUACUACAGCUCCAACGGCAAUAACAACAGAGGGCACAACAAAAACUUCAACUGUAUCAUCAACUUCAACUCCAAGAAUGGGCCCAACCAGUACCACUGUAUACACAACUGUGCCAUCAACUGCAACAACAGAUGUUACUAUAAACAGUGUAUCAACAUCACAAGCUUCAACAACCACAGCUACACUAACAGUUGCUUUGGUAGCUACUACAGUUCUAACGACUACAAAUGGGGCAAUAACAACAGAGGUCACAACAAAAACUUCAACUGUACCAUCAACUUCAACUCCAACAUUGCGCCCAACCAGUACCACUGUAUACACAACUGUGCCAUCAACUACAACAACAGAACUUACUAUUAACAGUGUAUCAACAUCACAAGCUUCAACAGCCACAGCACCACCAACAGUUGCUUUGUCAGCUACUACAGCCCAAACGACUACAAAUGGGGCAAUAACAACAGUGGGCACAACAAAAACUUCAACUGUACCAUCAACUUCAACUCCAACAAUGGGCCCAACCAGUACCACUGUAUACACAACACAGGCUACAAAUACCACAGAACCAACAACAGGUGGAACAUCUGAAUCUAUCUCUACUUCAGGUCCAAGUACUACAACUAAAGAAACAGCAAGCACAAUUGUAGCAUCAACUGUAUCAAAAUCACAGGGUUUAACAACCACAGAUAUAACAACAGAAAACUACAAACAAACUGUACCUAUGGCUGCUCUACCAUCAACAAUGUAUGUUAUCUGA